CGCUGGGCGUGGGGCCUCUGUGGUGGUCCUGAUGUGCCCCAUGCCGCAUUGUCUGUAUCCACAGUCAACACAGAGAGCCGCGGCGUGGGGAUUAAGCAGAGUAAGCUCUCUGUGAGCUCCCACAUUGUGCAAGAGGAUGAAUUAUUAAAAGCUUUGAAAGCCAACGAGUCGCUGCGCCUGACCUUUGCUCUUCAGCUGACAGAGAGUACUUCCGUCGAAUGGGAGACUCUGAUCUGGCGAAAAUGUCUUUACAUUCGCGUGCCGAGCUGUCUGCUGCCGGAGGGCUCAAAAGAGGGAUUCGUGUCGCUGCUGGAGUACGCCGAGGAAACUCUUCACUGCACCAACAUCGUAGUUUGUCUGCGCAAAGAUCGCUCGGAUCGAGCCAUGCUGGUGCGAACCUUCAUGUUCUUGGGCUUCUCGGUGCUGCCACCAAAUCACGCCUUGGUACCGCCAGGCAGUGACGCUGGCAACCUCUACAUGCUCUAUGCCGUUGAGUAGUUCUCUAAUCACGGCUCGCAUCUCUCAAAUUUAACGCAAUAGCACCAGAGGAAGCAGCAUGCGGAAUUUGUUUUCAUUGUCGGUUUUUGAUGUGUGCGCAUCACACAAUACUUUGUCUUUUUCUUUUUAUCACCAAGGAAUGAAAAAUCAGGAUAAUAGGAGGUAAAUCGUAUUUUAAAAUAUUAGCGAAAUGGGCGUUAAAUUUCAGAGAAGUCAGCAAAAAGUAGAGGGAGAGAGGGUCAACAAGUACUUAGUCGCGCAGAUAUGUAGAACAUGUACUAUCGGGCUUUCGGCGGAUAUAGGCAUUAAUUCAUUCUCUUGAUCACACAAUGUUGAAAUUACUCUACAUCGUGUUAAAAGAAAGAAAAGAAAAAAAACAAUGCUCACGAAGCUUUUCCCACGUAUUUCGGAGAUGUUUCGACGAUCCCGUUCUCUCGCCUUGCAAGAUCCAGGCAUGACGGACCUUGGAUUGUCGAAUCAUCGAGAAAGUUUAUUAUCGACAAAUCUCUUGUGUAUUAAUUGUGGCAGAUUGGGUUUCACCACGUUAUAUAUAACAUACAUAUAUUUUUACUCUCAAGUUUUAUUAUUUUCUCUAGUUAUUAAUUUAGUCGAUAAGUGCUGUAUUGCUUAGGUCGCACGUUUUUUUUUUUUUAAUCUACUACUAAUUUUUUUAACCGUGACCAAACAGAUUGAAAUUAAAUAAUAUUCCAGUCUAUUUUUCAAUAGUGUUGUUUGAUAAUGUAUCGAUUUUUUUUCUUAAAGUUUUCAGAGUUAAAUCCACUUUUCUACCAAAAUUUUUUGUUUUUUGCUUAGUCUUUGCAGUUUUAAACGUGCUCGACCGAAAGUAUAUUAAGUAUUACUUUAAGUAUUCGCUUAGUUUGUAAGGCGACUUUUACGAAAAAUAUUUUUGAUUUACUAUUCAAGAUUUUCGAAGGGAUAAUAAAAUUGGACGCACAUCGAUCAUAUCCACACGAGUUUCUAUUCAUAUUAUUAUAGUAGAUAUAAUAUAUGUCGGGAUAGCGUGUUGUGAGAGGCUUCGUUAUGAAAUAUUGUCAUUGUUGCUGCUAGAUAUCACUAUUUGUUUAAUUAAAAUUAUAAUAUAUUAGUUUGUAAUUGAUUCACCGAGUUGGUUAUGUCCGAUUUUUGGUAAUUCCCAAUCUAUUAACAUGAGAGGCUUCUUGUUAAUAAAUGCGCUCUAUAGCGUUAACUUAAUAACAGACACCAAUAAAAUGUGAAAAUGACAAAAAAAAUGAAAAUUUUUCGAAAAUAACAAAAAUAUGACAUAUAAAUAUAUUGUAGCUGGUCAGAUGUGUGAGUAGGUAGGUAAAUCACUGAUGGAUAUGUCGUCGUUUGUGUCUUAUCAAGAAGAGACAUUGUUACAUUUGUCUCGCAAUUUCCAAAAGCAAAGAUUAGAGAUACUUGUAUAUUUACAGGAAACUUAAAAGCCACGAGCAAUCUGACCCUUCUUUUAGCAUUAUAGGAUAUAUACACACACACACAACUUAAAAUUGCUAAAUAAAGGUUCCAUAAAAUAUGAAA